AUGUAUUCUGUUAACCAAUAUUUCGACUGUGGAAGGAUGACCAUGUGUGGCAUACCAGCGGUGGAGAUGCUUGGCAGUGAAGAAGACUGGAUGAAAUUGAGUUCUAAGCUGAAAGUUUUAAGAACACUUUUAGAACCUAUAGAGAAUGAUCUUGGCCUUCGAUCAAAAUGGUGGGAUCUGGUUCAGAAAGUGUUCUGGAAUCUGCAAACCACCUAUCAGGGAAACCCCGAUGAAGAUUGGUGGAGUCAUAUUAUGAGCUAUAAAGAAGCUCAUCAGUCGGGUAUGUACAUUGUUUAAUCAAUUCAUACGAUUGCAAUACAAAAGACAAAAAAAAAAACUACUGAAGUUGUUAAAAGUAUCAAAACCACAUGAAAAGCUUACAUAACGCUAAGGAAGCAAGAAUUUAUGCUGGCUACGAAACUGGUAGAAAAGUCUUGAGAGAAUUGUCCGUAGACUUGCCAAACGCUGAUGUGCCUGUAAACGGCUUGUUUUACACAAAAAGGAUUGACCGUUUUCAUUAUUGUAGUCUUUUUAUCCACAAAUGAUAUAUACUUCUGGUUCAACUAGGGAUUAACAGGUGUUUACCAAAACAUAUCACAGCUCAGUAAGCUGAUCACAAGCAGCAAGUUUCUAGAACGUCGAAAAAGUUCUUUAAGGGAAAUUCAUCAUUAUCUUGGAACAACGUUCUUUAUGAAGAGUUCGUAUAAUCACAGUCAGCGCGAGUAGGCUAUCCAAAGCUCUUUUAUUUGAGAUUGUAAGUCAGGUUUAAUGAAGUCUGUCCUAGUUUACGGUCAACUCUUGCCUUGCAUACACCCCGCUACAACGGACCGUCCCGAUAAUAGGGACAGCGGCUAAAUCCCCGUCAAAAACAAAUUUCAGACUCAUUGGCCUAAAUAAACUCUCAUUAUUACGGACUCUCGCUUAUGAGGACAGUAACUUGAGGUCCCCGCGCAGUGUCUGCAAUAUGAGGGAGUUGACUGUACUUCGUCUAAUCUAGGGAGUACAUAUUCACGAAAUUAAGCAAACAAAUAUAAUUUACUGAUUUUGUUUUGUCUCUCAGGAACUCCCGCUGGCGGUAUCAAAGGAUGGAUCACAGAUUUCUUGGAGGGACCGCGAUAUGCAAGGGCUUUGUGGGGGCCUGGUGACUUUACAAGUGGCGUAGUGGCCGUUCCUUUCACUAUCAAGGACCGGCGUUCUGGUGUCCAGGAUACCGCGGCAUUGGUGGCAGGAAUGCUGGGCUUCACUGUUCACAGGAUACCCAACUGUGAUGAGGUGGCUGUACAACCAUUCCAAGGAUGGUCUCUUAUGUUGUCCGACGACUCGCCUUUUUGCAAAUUCUGAACAAACCACUGACAUUGGCUUUAUAAAUUAGUUUAGAAAUAAUACUUAACUGCAAGGAAAGUUAAAAGUGUUUCAGUACUGUAAAAUAACGCAUUUAGCAUUUUUUUCAUUCAAAUGUGGGCUCGAUAUUUUUUUUAGAAACGUAGCUAGUGAAAAUUGCAGUCAUUUAAGAGAAAGCCGCGUUGGCCAAAAUGCAGGUUUCGUGAGCGCGAAAAAAGCCCCGAAAUCACACUACACAGAAGAAAAAGGAAAAGAAAAUAGAAAGAAAGCAAAGAGAAAUGAAGGUGAAAAACGAAAUAGUUCCUGUCUUGGUUUUUUUGUUUUCUGUUUUUGUUUUUGCUUUGUUGUUUUCUUUGUUUGUUUUUUUCAUUGCCGAUACUUUGGCGACGGUUUUCACCACAGUUGGCCAACAAUGAUUCGCACUUUUUCGGUGGAAAAGUCAGACUGGAAUUCCUAAAAUUCGGCCUCUGAAAAUCAGUAGUUAUUUCACCAAACGGCGGCCAAAUCACGAGAUUAUUUUAGUCUGAAAAGCCCGACAGGAUAGGAAAUAUCGAGUGAUGAGAAGAGAGAAAAACAAAAACAAAAAAUCAGUGUUGCACUCUUUGUUUUUAUAUUGUCUACUUUGAGGAUAGUGUUUCAACGAAAAAACUCUGCUUGACCGAAAAAAUUUAAACUACUUUCAGGCAUCUCCUCUUUCCGUUGAAAACUUUUGAAAGUUUUUGUGGCACAAGCUGUUUAUGACAAAUACACUCAACUUAAAUAAUAUUAAUAUUUACAACAAUUAGUUAUAAUAGCGACUAGAGCAGUCAAGAAGUAGGGAGAAACCCUCGACUACAUUGCGAGUUUGCCCGUACAAUUCCUUCAUACUCUAGCCGUUUCCUGCGUACUUUACAACUUAGUCAACAAACAGAACAGAGCACAGACAGUCAAGGUAUUUGUUAAACUUUUCGUAUUAGUCAUUACUUUCGGAAUUAACGGGUCAUUAAAGUUAGUAAUUAUCACGAGAGCUUUUCAUAACAGAGAUUAAGUCACAGUUCAACUGGGGUAUCACAAUGCUGGUCGUAAAUACAGCUGAUCGCUUACUAAAAAGCGAAUUCGUACUGUUUCAAACUUCAUGGAUCUUAUUAUUCAAAAAGAAAAAGAGAAUUUUUGUGUUUUGUUCAACUACUCCAUUAAGCGAGCGCGUGAAGUUAGGAAGUUUCAUGUCACAGUCGUGCAAAGACGGCUACGAAAUGUACAAAAAAGUGUGAUGGACGUGCAAAACAACCAAUUUUUUUUUUUUUUUUGCCUUUUUUGUAGCCGUCGCCGUCCUCGUUGCUAAAGCUCCCUAUCGUCCUUGAUCCAGAUAAUUUACGACCAUGGUAACGUCGAUAACGUGACGUCAGCCUUUGCAAAAAGCGCAUUAUCUUAUGGUAUCACUAAGAUCCGAUAUUCAAACUAACGUUACGGUAUGAUUUUCUUUGUUUUUUCUUUAUGAAUUAUGAAUACUUGUGCAUUCUUAUGUAGUCUAUUACAGUUUUAAUUAAAAACAGCUGACUCUGAGUGUUUUUAAUAGCACCUCCCCUUUUUCUCUUCGGUAUCACUGACGCGAAUGUUUUGAGAAGUUUCCUCAUUGUCCGUGGACAGUUUCUUCUCGAGCAUUUUUUCAGCUAGGUUGUAUAAGGCUUCCUUGUGUUGAUAUUCUCUUCGGCACUUACUUCAAAGAACUGGGCACCGUGCUCUUUAGCCAACUAAAGCAAAAAAGGAAGCAAAGAAAAAAACAGCUAUUAAAACUUUUCUCCACAUUUUUAUUACUAUAUAUUGUGGUACUUUAUUUAGGUUUCUACGAAUGGCAUCCGCUUAUUAUCCCAACAUCACAACUGACAUGGGCACCCACAGGUAAGUACAAUAAGGGUUAACAACGACAUGGCAAUGUCCAGGGGCCACGGUUUCUCGGAAGUCCGGGUAACUUUUCGGGCCCUAAGUCAAAUAUUCAAAUCAAAAUAUAAAGAAUAAGAGCGCCGGUCCUGGCUAGCAAACUACUCCAUUUUGUUUCAUUAACUGAUAGUUUUGUCAUGGUAGAUGUAAAACUAUUGAAACCUCGAUCUCUAAUGUAAACGGAGUCAGCUUACCGGGCCCGUUAAUUAUCGGGACUUUCGAGAAACGGGCCCCAGGCCCCAGUUGCUUUAAAAGUUGGAUAUAGCGCUAUCCAGUGGAUAAGUAUUAAAGGGAAACCAAUUGCGUUAUCCGCUGGUUAGAGAUUUAGCCAGUGGAUUGCGUUACCCACCUUUUGAACAACUGUGACCAGGACUGGAAAAAGAAACAAGGGUAAUGUGCCUGAGAUUCAGAAAAUGCAGCGAAGAAGUAAAUGUGUUGAAACAACUUGAUUGCUGGUCCUGUUCUCAACAAGGGCAAACAAUGAUUAUGAUAAUGAUGAUGGUAUUUACCUGUAACCAGGUUUCACUCUACCCCUUUUUCCUCCAGAAAGCCCAAGAUUACCAUUUAGGGGACCACAGAUUUGUUGCAUCUGAUUUGGUGGACUUACUGUGAAGUGUCUUACACUUCAGUCAACUCACCUGCUCCCCGUUUUCCUUGCUGACAAUUCUUCUAUCUUCCAUAUGACAUUUGCUAGCAAGGAUCAUCUUUUCUACACCUUCAUCUGCAUGCUAAAAUAGAGUGGGGAAAAAGAAUUAACCCUUUGAGUCCCAAUAGUGACCAACAUCAAUUUUCUCCUAACAAUAUCCAUAUGUUGCCAGGAGAAAAGGUUAUGAGAGUUAAUAAAACUGUCACUAAAGAGAAAAUGCUUUGAUCUGUUAUCAAACUCUCCCAACUAAUUCUUUAAGGAAAUGUAUAGAGAUCAGUUUGGAGAAUUUGUAAGUGGAUAUCCGGGCUUAAAGGGUUAAAGAGUGAUCCUGAAGACAUUCUCUGUCCCAUAAAAACAAUUGUGUGCUUGACAGAAUAAAUAAAAUUUGCAACACUCAGGUUUUAUUGCGUUCGACGUUAGGACAACGCAACUCCCUAUGUGGUACUUGGGUAUCCUGUGGUACUAAGGGGUGACCUUGUGAUGUCGUACGUACGGAGGUAUUUGAGUUCGGCGAGGGAAUAAAAUGUGCAGCUGUUUUCGAACUGGGUUUUAUCGCUGAGCUGGCGAUUCUGUCCUUCCUUUCUCUGUCUCACUUCAUGCUUUUCGAAGGGGCAUGUUUAACUUUUUACAAAAUAAAGCUUUCUAGGAUCUACCUCUCAUCUAUCAGGAUCUGAUAAUUGACCAUACUCGAGGGUGGAUAAAGACAUUUCUCACAUGAUUUUGAAAUAUACAGUUUGGAAGUAAAGAUAAGAAAACUAGUGAGGUUGUUAUCACCAGAGAGAUAUUCAUAGUGAUUGCAAGCUGAGAUUCUGUAAUGUCCCAGCUUCUACAAACGAAAAUUGUACUGCAAGCAAAGCUCCGGGUUACACUCUAUUAUAGAAAGAUCUUCAAAUGCAACCAAACGUCAAGAACGCCCACAGGACCGAAGCAACCCUGAAAGACGAUGGCUCUCACAGAGACCAGUUUUGGCCAAUUAAGUCUUAUAUUUUGUACUUCUGGAGCUGAGAGUUAUCAAGAAGAACACUGGAGACCUAUUUGGCAGUGUGCGUGUUUCGGUUGAGACGAUCUAAUUUAUAUGACAAGACCGUCAAAAGAAGAAAGAAUUGAAAUCUGUUGUAAAAGAAGUGUCUUGAAACUGGAAGAAGACCUAGAUUUCAUCAGUGAUGGCAAGCUAUCAAACAUUGACGGUGAGCUAUAUCAAGCUUGACAUGUUUGUGCAAUAUUGUUAAGUGCUAUGUUAUAAAAUCUACCUAUUGUAGCCCUUAUCAUUGAUUUAACUUAACUCAUUUACGUAGCCUUAUGCAAAUAGUACAUGAGUCUUCCGACCCACAUUUUUAAACGCCGGUUUACAAUUACUAAAGAUGAUCAUGGGAUUGUUAGUCGAUUGACAAAAUUCAUGUGGUACGAAAAGAUGAAAUGCUUAGAAAAACGAGCAUUAUUGAUAACUUUCCCCCAUUUAGGCGAAAAAACGAGUAAUUUUUCCUGUAGAUUCGACUGAGAUCAUUGUUUGCAAAUUGCUCUGCGGAAGUGUCUUUAAUUUGAUACUCUUUAAGGGAACUCCAAAUAAUUUCUUUUUUUUUUUCCAUCAAAUUCUUAGAGUUUAGUUAUAUUAUUUCUGUCGUAUGUUGGGAAUAGGAAAAUGAAAUUUGUGAUAUUUCUUGUACUUCUUACAAUGGAAUGAAACAAAAAAAUGAAACGAGAACGAAAAGUCUUAUGGAUUGCCAAGGUUAUGAGAGCCUUAACUGUACCUCUUCUAUGUUCCGUAGCCAGUUGAAAUGUUUUCAAAUGUCUUCUCCUGGGUUAUAUCGUAUACAAGUAUAAUGCCCUGCAAAAAUCAAAAACAUGUUUUUAAAUGAUGCCUGAUGCUGAAUUGAAAGGGUAUUAAAUUAAUAUGUUUUAAGUAAGUUACGGUGAGACUGAUGUUCUUUUUAUUCUAACUUCUGAGUUUUGAAUGAUUCUAUAAAGUAAGGUGUUUCUUCGAGCAAAAGAAACUGAAUAUCUCACAAAGUAAAUAAUUCCACUAACCAUUGCUCCUCUAUAAUACUCCGUUGUUAUUUCAUCGAAGCGUCCUUGGCCAGCUGUAUCCCUACAACAACAACAACACUGCCUUCUCAACACGGGGCAAAUAAGGUUUUCAGAAAAAAAAGGACUGAAACAUAGGCAGCAAGGAGGACGUUUUGGUGGUGGUGUACUAAUUGCCACCAAAGGAUGUAAUAAGGCUUCCCCGAAGGAAGACGUCGCCUGCGAAUCUAAAGUAUUGUUUAUCGAUGUAUGAACUACGAAUUACAGGAAAAUAACUAUCGGAGUAUUUUACCGGCCGCCCAAUAUAGUAACCUAAAAGUUUUGCAAGAACUCCAAAAUUCCUCUCAGUAACAUCACCACAGACAUGAUAUUAAUCAGAGAUUUUAAUUUAAGUGAAUUUAACUGGCCAUGGGCCAACCGAAUCGAUCACUAGCUGGUGCUCGGAGCAACAUACACUACUCUUGCACAUAUUAUAUAAUUCAGGACAACUUCUUGCAUGUAGUGGACGAACCUACGAGGGAUCAAAACAUACUGGACCUUGUUUUAACUACUAACGUUGACUUGUUGAUGGGCAAUGUUGUGGUAGGUGAACCCUUUUCUGCUCACAAUUCCAUGUAUCACCUUCACCCUAAAGAGUGCGCCCUACAGGUCUGAAAAAAAAAGGUGGGAAGAGGCAAUUUUGAGGGGUUUUCGAGCCUGUAAGAGUGUUUUAUCGGGCUUCUGAUGAAAGAUCGUAGUUAAACAAACCGUUUCCCAGCUUUUAGGAGUGCGGUUUUGAACGUGUUUGAAUAAUUCGCUCGAAACGGAUAAAAUACACCAGAAAUUGUGGCAUCUUUCGAAGGAUAACAUAACUUUAAACAAGACUCACGUCUGAAAACAGUUAAGGGAAGCAACGAGCUCGAGAGGGACGUUUUGUUAUACUACUACAUGAGAAAUUUCUGCAAUUUGAUUGGCUUAGAGCAGUGGUAUUUCCGCUUAAUUUGAAAUACCUACAUGUGAAAAUUACAAAUCUUUUGUUGGUAGUUUUUCCAACUCCCGAUAACUCGAACUUUUUUCGAUUUCCCUUGAAGGUUCGAGUUAUCGGCAGUCGACCGUAACCACAUCACAACUUGACAAGAGCACAUUACGUCACUGUGAAACCUCAACGCCAAACUGACCAAACCACAUGUAUAAGAACGUUAACGUUGUGGCUUCCCAUACGCAUGAUGGCAAGGCAGAAUGAGGAAGCAUUGAUAGUUAGUCAGCCGAGUGGUCGAUAUCGUUGUACGCCGACACAUAGCACCGCUCUCGGUGGUUAAAGAUUGCUGAUCGCAAUCAGUUCUCAAGCAAAAACAAUGGGAAAUUCUAACAACAAACCGAUCGCGAUGGAUGAUGAAAAAAUUGAAACAUCUAAGGCCAACGAAACUGUCGUUCGAUACAGUACGACCGCCGAUGGAUUAAACAUGAAGUUUGUCUCUCUCGCCAGCCACAAACUGGUUCCAUCCAAGUUUGAAGAUUUGUUUAAGGAAGACGGAAAGCAGGCUAAACAGUUUGCCAUAGAGUAUACAGCAGAAAAGGCACUCUCCAUCAUCGCAGACGGCAGAAAAGAGCACGAAACAAGCGCUCCGCGGCCCACAAAAAUUGUUUCCGCAUUGGGUUCAGAGGAGGAAGUUUAUUCAGUCUUUGCUGACUGUGGUAUGUUUGCUGCCGUUUUCACUGCCUAUUCUCAUCACUAUAGGCUUAGGACAUCGCCAGGUGAUUGGUGGUUCUGUGUUAUCAAGAGGGUUGCCUGUGCUAUCGAUGAAAACUCUUCGAAAGCCUCGGUGCGCAACAUGUUUGUCGAUCAUGAAGGAAAAAAAACAAUCGAAGUACAGAUUAAGGAUCCCACUAUCUACACCGUGGAUUACAACUUUCUGUUUGAUCAAAUAACAAAACAGUUAAAAGAAAACUUAAAAGUGCCCUAA